AUGCCGCGGCAGCCCGUCACCGGACCUGCCUUGGGAGACGCGCCGCCCGGCGUCAACAACCCACUAGAAGGUAACAUACUGACAUGCUCAGUGACGAUGCCGGACGCCUUAUCGCUCGUGGACCAACCGCAGCUGCUGCAGCCGAACGCGCGGCGCUCGGAGUUGUUUGGCAUCCUGUGGCAGCCCGUCACCGGGCCCGCCUCGGGAGACGCACCGCCCGGCGUGAACAACCCACCAGAAGGUAACAUACUGUCAUGUUUAGUGACGAUGCCAGACGUCUUACUGCUCGUGGACCAACCGCAGCUUCUGCAGCCGAACGCGCGGCGCGAGGAGUUGUUCGGCAUGCCGCGGCAUCCCGUCACUGUGCCUCCGCCUCGGUAG